CCGGCUACCUGCCCGGGGGUUAUGGCUGCUGUAUGUACGCACUGCUGGCAGGAGAAGGAGCGGGAGUGCCCCACACAAUACUUAUUGGGGCUGAAGCUACAGAAUAUCCCUAGGGGAAAGACUCGCUCCCAGCCUCUCACUGAGGCACAAACACCCUAUCCGGCCGCACUAACCGCUUCCCAACUCCCUGCUCUGCCUCUGGCCCUAUUCCUAUUGGCUGUGAAUGUAGGGGAGGGGCAGCUAGCGAUUGGCUCACACGGGAAGGAGGGCGGUGCGGAAACGAGGAAGGGAGGAGUCAAGGCUAUAAACGUUAGGGACCGUGGAGAACUUUAUAUCCCUCAUUUCACAGGAAGAAUCCUGCCAGAAGUGAAUGUACCAGUGAGAGGGAGUGUGGUGUUUGCACACAGCCUGGGUAUCUCGCUGAGAAACUGCCUCCAUUUCUGGGAAACGUAUAAAUGUCUUCUUAGGGUCCCCCCCCCCCAUUCCUGUGGGACUUCCUGUAUUUAUCUUCCCAGCAUCCUCUGUACCUGAGGAGUUUGCUGUGGGGAUCUUGGUAACUGCCUCUAUCCCUGGGCAGGUUUCCUCAGGGGACUGCAAAUAACAAGCUGAAGCAAGAGGCAUCUCUGUGGGAGGAGCUAAAUUUGCCCCAGAAGUGGAGUGGGGCAGAAUGGAAGCCGGGGAGCCCCAGGACUGUACCUCCUGGUUACCUGAUGAGUUGGCAUUGCGCAUCCUCUCGUACCUUGAUGCCAAGGAUAUCCUGCAGGUGGCGCAGACUUGCCAGCGCUGGAGAGAGUUGGCUGAGGAUGAAGGCCUGUGGCAGGGAAAGUGCAAGGCUGAUGGGAUUGAGGAGCCGCCGCAGGUAACAAGGAGCAGGGCUAAAGGCUCUGGGUCCGGUCCCUGGAAAAGCGCUUACACCAAUCAGCUCAGGAUCGAUACCAACUGGCACCGAGGGAGAUUCAAAACAAUCACACUGGAUACAAGUGAGUCGGGGACAGAUUUCUUUACCUGGACCUCUGAUGGGAAGGAAAUGAUUUGUAUUGUAGAUAAAAAUACAAUACAGAUCUGGUCGGCAGUUACUGGAGAACCCAUACGGACCCUUGUGGGACACACAGACAAAAUCUUUGCAAUACAAAUGAGAGAUCACAUGAUUGUUAGUGGAUCCUGGGAUUGUACAAUAAAAGUAUGGAAUGCAGAGAGCGGGGAAUGUAUCCACACACUGGGCGGCCAUACUGACGCUGUGUCACACUUAUAUCUCCAUGGGAACAGGGUAGCGAGUGGGUCAUGUGACGACUCCAUCAGAAUCUGGGAUAUUGAGACGGGGCAGUGCCUACACGUUCUCAUGGCACAAAUAGACUAUGAUUCAUAUGUUAACUAUGAUGGUCGAUGGGUGAUCAGUAGGAAUGACGGAUCCAACCUGAAAAUCUGGGACCCCGAAACUCAGAGCUGUUUGCGCAGUUUCCCAAUUCCCAUAACUGCCAUCCAUCACACGGAGCUGAAAGGCUCGCGGCUCUUACUGGUCACUGACGACGGCACAAUAACCGUGUGGGACACUGACACAGGGCAGCGCAUCCAAACAAUAAAGGACCUUCAGACCUACAUAUCCGCAGUGUCACUGAGGGCCAAUAUAUUCAUCUGGGGGGAUAAGGGCCUUCCUGCUGGUUUUGACCGGAAGAGAUUUCAGCGCUACGUGGAAAAUGUGCGACUCCGCAGUCACUUUGACUUGAGCAACACUGGGUUUGGGCCGGUGCCGCUCUGGGGUUUCAGACUGGGAACAGGUUGGGAUGAGAAUGCAGACAUUUAUUUGCAAGGCUUGAAGAGAAGAAACAAAUAUAUACACUUUAUCAUAUUCUGUCGUACAAAACUUAUCUGCAUGAUUGAGGAGAGAUCUAGUGAAAUGAUUAAAGUGUUGGACUUUAAUUGGGAGGAGAGGAGGAGAAAAAGGUUAAAGUUAUAGUUACCCAUUCAUGUAAAGCCCGGGGCAUGUCGGCAUCUCAUUAAAGGACAAGCAAAGAAUUUUGUGGGGAGGGGGCUGUGGGUGGCCCUAAAAAAUGUUUUUGCACUGACUAUACAGUUACUAACAGAACAUAUAGUUGCUGGUUAUUGCCCAUAGUAUUCCCGGCCCAUAUGUACACAAUAAAAAGCGGCGGGACACAAAGCCCAUAUGGCUAAAUAUGUUCCUUUAUCUGAUUGGCAUUCUGUAGCCCCGCCCUGUUUCUGAUGCCAUUGGCUGUGGUUCCGCCGCACAUCAUUCCCCGCUGCACUUCCCGUUCCAGUUCAGCUACACGGCCUGACUCUCAUAUAAACGGUAUCACCUGGGGGGUCAAAUGGGAAAUGUGGAUCAAUAAGAGAGAAGGUGAUUGGAUAUUUCGGGUCAGACCCAAAGCGCCGGGGAACAGAGGAUUCACGCUGCUCGUACAUCAGUUCCAGUUAAACCUAUUGGCACCUUUGCACUUGUUCCAAAUAAAGCACCGGUUGUGCCAGAAACGUCUCGCUCUUUAUAUCUGGAUUCCCUUUGU